AUGGCCUCCAACAUUUUCCUCACCCUGGGAGAGCGUACCGUAAUGGUCGCUCGUCCUGCGACCUACCAAAAUCUCCAGAGAGAGAUCAGAACCCAGUUUCCGCGGGUCUCUUCAGUUUACAGCCUGGCAGUCCUUUUUCAGCCAGCCAAUAUCAACGGGGGCCUCCUCUCAAACUGGGUUGAGGUCGACGCAAGCGCAUACAGCGCUGUCCACAACGGUGCGGAGCUGUUCGUCAAUGUAGUUCACCCCCUCACCAAGGAAUACAUCUUACCAUUGCCUGGUCUGCCGGUUCCUAAUCGUCAACAUCGCAAGCAGGUUCGACGAACAGACGGUCUCGGCAACCGUGUUGGCGUCGAGGAUGGCGACCACGACGCCACAGCGCAGAGCGACCAGGUGAGCAAAUCCAGACCCAGAGGGGUCUCAACCAGGACCAGAGGGUCCUCGCACAAAUUCGACAAUUUCUCGCUGAGCCUCGAGCUUGAGCAACCUGGUGGAGAUGCCUUCGGCAGCGGCUGGGCUGCCGCGUCCGAACGCUUUCGGCGGUCGACGAAGCUUUUGCCCAACCUCAAGGAUUGCAAGGAGGCGAUCGGGCAGAGUGUUGGGGAGUCGAAUUUUUAUCCGGAAGAUGAAGAGGAGCAGACUGCUGACUUUAAGCUGGGACUUCAGCGGCCUCAGGCCACAGAGGCCGGCUGGUAUGCCGGCGCAGAGCCCACCCAUGGGGACGAAAACCCGGGCGAAACCGCGGCCCAGCACCUUGCUGGUGGCGACGAGGACGAGGACGAGGUUGCCGGCCCAGGCGACCACACCGAGGCUGGCCACCUCACCAAUGGCGUCCAGGCCAACGGUGAGAACACCAAUGGUGUUCUCGCCAACGGAGUUACCACCAACGGUAACUUGACCAACGGCCACGCGGCCGCUCACUCAGAGGUUAGUCACAGUCUUCAACACAAGCUUCAACACCACGGAGCCAGCGAGUGGAGCCCUCCGCGUCCACGGUCCAAUGGUUAUCACCGGCCCCAGUACCCGGAGAUCCAAGGCUACCACCCCUAUGGACAACCCAAUUUCAAGGCUUUUGCUGGCUCCCGUCCCCGUCGUGACCCUGCUGAGAUUACCUAUGGCUCCCCGAGACCAAGGAUCCAAGGAGACACCUCCGGAUGGGCUACCAUGGGCCGUAAGAAGAAGACCUGGGCUAACCAACCUGUUCAGGAGGAGAGCGACCGAGAGGGGGCACCGGGCCCCAACGCCAACAACAACCAAGCCUGGUAUGCACAACCACCACCGCCCAUCAACUUCAGCCGGACCCUCGGUCAUGGAGGAGGUACCAAACACAGAGGAUUCGCGAGGCACGGUUCUAACAAUUAUCAACAGAAGCAGAGGUCCGGACCAGAAAUGAGCUGGGGGUCGGACUUCUGGGGUGGUGCGCCGCCCAACAGAACCCAGAGGGGCGCUUUUGCGCAAGACGAAACGCCAGCGUCAAAACACUGGCAGUAG